CUAGGUUUUAUCCUAGCAAUCUGAGUUAAUGCUCAGCCUAUGUAUAAGGACAGAGGACCUCCAAAAACUCAAAUUUCUCCUGAAGAACAAAAAGAAUUGGAUAAACAGAGAGAAGAAUUCAAGAAAGCAUGGGCUAAAGCAACUGAUGAGAGAAGUAACGAUAUUGAAGAUGAUUAUGAGCCUAUUGAACCUACCGAGCUUACUGAGGACACAAAUGAGCCAAAACUUGAAGAGGAUCAGAUUCAUCAGCAAGUAGAAGUAGAGGCUGAGACUGGAGAGCAAGAGCAAGUCGAUAUUCAAGAGGAACAGGAAAAACCAAGUUCAAAUCAAGUUUAUAUUCCUGAAGAAAGUCAACAAGUGUUUUCUGAAGAAACAAUUUCAGAAAAUCCUACUGGGACAAAUCAGGAAGAAUUACCAUUACAAGAAGAAGUUAGAAAUGAUUAUUCAAAACAAAAGUAUCAAUAUGGAAGUAAUGAGAGGAUCAGUUCAAACUAUGGAGAUGGGGAUUAUAAAGAUCCUCAAGUAGUUUCAGACUCUCCUCAAGAAUAUGGAUAUGGCUCACCUACUCCUUCAUACCAUCAAGGUGGAAAUCCUUACACGUAUGAAGAUACUCCUCCUGAGGAAAAUAUUGAAGAGCCAGUUGUUGAUGGAGAACCUCCAAAGGUGAGUUUUAGCGGAGAAGGAGUGAAUGAAGAACAAGCGGGUGUUGACAAUCUCCAAGGAUUAAAGCAAGAGGAAAAUGAAGGGCUUAACAUUAAAAGUGCCCCAAUUGAGAAUCAUCAGCAUAACCAUUAUGGUUACAAUCAUUAUGAUCAUAUAAAUCAUGAGCAAGGGCAUGAUCAUCACAGUCAUAGCCAUGACCACCACGAUCACCAUAACCAUACACCUUCUCAUGUAAUAAUUGAUGAUGAGAGUGAGAUCACUGAAGAAGAUCUAUAUGACUCACAAGAUUCUCAUGUUCCUUCUGGAGACCAUCUCCAACAACAAGUCGAGCAUGGAGGACGCUCCAGUCUUGGAUCUUCCAACAGUGGACAACUAAUAGAAGGAGCAGAGAGAGUUAAAUUAGGAGAUGAAGCCAAGGAUGUCCCUCAGCCAACAAUGUUAAUUGGAGAAAUCGAAACUAUCUCACUUCUGUUCAAGUAUGAGAAGAUCUUAUAUGGAAUCAAAGAGUUUGCAGAUACUUAUGCUGAGUAUUUUGAGAAAGAACUAGGAUUCCCAUAUCCAUUUAACUAUAUAGCUUUCGUAGUUGUAACAAUUGUUACUUCUUAUAUCGCAAAUAAGUUGAGAAAUUUGGUUUUCCCUAAAAAGAAGAAAGAUGCCCAUGUUUUUAAUAAUAUUGACUCUGUCGAUUUGAGUAAACUGAUGAAACUACUUGAAAAAAUUGAGAAACAAGAAACAGGAGUUAAAGAUAGAAUAGAGGAGAAGAUCGAUAAAGGAAUAACUCAAAAUUUACCUACUGCUAUUGACCAUACUCAGCAAAUUAAUGAGCUUAACAGUCAGAUUGUUGAUCUAAAAGGAAAAUUGGAGGAGAUAACUUUAACGCAAUUGAAAACAUUCAAAAUGGUCGAAUCUUUAGCUACAAGUCAAAAUGAUCUUGAGACAAAUAUGUAUAAAGCUAUCAUGAAGAUCUAUACAAUGAUAAAGGAUACUAGCACAAGCACGUUUUCUUCAAGUGGCAGUAGCAGAACAAGAGAUGUGAGCCCAAUUAGUUUCCCAGAGAGAAAAUAAAUCAAAUAUCCAAUUA